CAGCAGCCAGCAUGGCGGACAGCGAAAGUGAUUUGGAAACAGACGGGCUUGAAUCAGCCCUGGACACAUUAUGUAGUAGCCACUGCAGCAAUGAAUCGUCUCUGAAGAGCAAAGAUUAUUGCUCUGAGUUUUGUGAGCUGGUUGAGGAGUACACCGGGCAAUGGCAAGUUCCUCUCCCCCAGCUGAAGGUGCUGCGGACAGCACUCUGCAAGUUCACCGAAGCCACUGCUCCCUUCCCUGAUGACUGUCAGCACAUCCACUAUGUUCUCAGUAGUCUGGCCUUGAGCUUCUUUGAACUGAUGCUGUUUUUCAGCAAAGAAGAAUUUGUGGAAGAGCCUUUAAAAGACAUCGUUGAUUCCUUUCAGGAUUGUCACUCUCGGCUCCUGCGGCACAGGAAUGGCUACCUUCAGCAUGUGAAGCAGACCAUCAAAGCAGGAGGCCCAUGGGAGAAUCCAGUGCUGCAAGGAAUCCUGAAGGAGGCACACUUGCCACCGAAAGAGGUUGAGGAGUACUUGAGCGCAGAGUUGCCGGUAUUCUUGGAGCUGCGGGUUCGUUAUCUGCAGGCCUGUGAACGAAUGAAGGAGGCUAUGGCCCUAGCCAAAGGCUGCCUGGAAAAUCGUGAGGCCGGCAAACACCUGUACUUCCAUCAGGCCUACCUUACGUGCCUCUACAAGGCCUCACUGCAUGAACAUCUUCACAAGGAGAUGGCAGAGAUAGAUGGUCGUGAUGCAGUGGAGAUAAUCUGCAACACAGAGAGUGUUGAAAAAGAUGAGCUCCUGUUGUCACUGUGUAAAGCUUUCCUUACCCAGCAUCUACACAAUGGAGACAUGUAUUACAUUUGGGACCUGGUGUUCAUCUGGAGUAGGUUGCAUCUUAGGGCCCAUCCCUCAAGACAAGGCUUCCUGGCUGAGUGCUUACAGCUGGCUUCCUCUGCUACCAAUGUCAGAGCCAUCUUUCCCUUCAUCAAACUCGUCACCACAGAGGUGGGUAGUGAAGGAAUCCAGAUCUGUGUAGAGCUUUGUGCCAGGGCCUUUCAACUGUGUGACAUGCAGGCUGACUCUGUAACCCGGUCAUUGGUCUGCAAGACCAUCGCCUUCCUGCUGCCUCAUGACCUGGAGAUCUGUCGAGCAUGUGCCCUGCUGGUCUUCUGCCAGGAACGCAGCCUGGAGGCUUAUCGAACCGUCUGCCUGCUGUACAUGCAUCCUGACCAGGAGCAGCAUCCCCACAACAGCCCCGUCCGGACCAAUGUUCGCUUCCAUAUUCUGCAGAUGCUGAAAGAGCGCCUGUGCUUUGAUCCUGAGUUUUGGAACUUCCUGACCCUUAAGACCCAUUGCUUGGAGUUGAUAAGUGACAAGGUCAUGAAGGCUGCUGUUCUAAAUGAGAUGAAGGAAGAAGAAAAGGAAUACAGUGAAGAGCUUUUAACAAAUAAUUGUUUAAAUGACUCCUGCACUCAAGGUUUAAAUUUAUGCCAGUGCACUGAAGCUACAUUUGUGAACCAAGACCUUCCAGAACAGCAGAUUAAAGAUGGAGAGGCAGGAAAGUGUGUUUCACCAUCAAAUAAUGCUCCCUUAAAGAGGAGGAAAUGGAGGAGAAGGUUACGAAGGAGAAAACACUCUGCAUCUGACGAUGAGGCAGACCCUGGUGAUGAUCCAGAGAUCAGAUACAAUCUCAAAUCCACCUCUAUGGGUAAUAAGCCUGUGUAUUCACUAAGACGCAAUCACACUAACUUGGAAAAUUCAGCUACUGCAAAGCUCCCACUAAACCGCAAGAGAGAGUACUUGUCUAGAUGUGUGAAGAGCCAAAUUUUGAAAAGAAAAGGACGGAAGAAAAGAUGGUUGCAGGGUCUUCCAAGGCCGGAGCAGGUACAGACAGUUAAAGAGAAGAAGGUCAAAGUUAAAGGGAAAAAACGAGGAAGGAAGCCUUUAUUUAAAUUUGAACUGUCUUACCCUGAUAAUGAAAUAUUCCUGACUCAGGACGAAUCUGGUUUUGAGCAGAAAACUGAUACAGAAGACAAAGAGCAGGAUAUGCCUCGUCUGGAGAAUGAACUUGAACAGAAGAGUCAACAUGAAGAGAAUCAAAUAGACCAGAUGAAUGACCUUGAGACAGAAAUUGGACAUACUGACUUGGUCUGCCUUAGUGGGCUCAGUGAACAAACUCAGCUUCGUUCCAAGCUUAGUGAAGGUUCUCCCAGUGAGCCUCAAGCUGCUGUUCUUGCUGCUGAAGCUGAUCCUGAGCUUGAUGGACCUCCAUUGGAGUUACUGGAUUGUCCAAUAGAACUGUUGCACAGUUACUCACUUAAUUCCAAAAAGCCUGAUGGUGAGAAACUGCAAACUCAAGAAUCCUCAGCACCAGAUGAGCUUAAUGGUGAUGAAGAACAGGAGCCCCAGCCUACAGUGGAAACAGAAGUCUCAAAUACUGAGGUGAAAGCCAAGAGAACAUGGAGGGACAGAGUGCUCCGUACUCAACAGUAUGCCCAUUUGACGUACCACUGCAACUUCUGUCGCAAAGACUAUAAAGGCUUGAAUGUUAUGAGGCACGCUCUCUCACACCUUAAGAGUAGCAAACUAAGAUGUAUACUCUGUGAAAAACGCUUUAAACAGCUUCCUUUUGCCAAAAAGCAUGUUCUGGACCACAUUGAUGAAAUGUGCAAGCAAAAACCUCCAGAUAAGGAGCCAUGCACCAAGGACACCCCAGCUGCUAAUGGAAUAGCAGAUAAUGUGGAAGAUCAGAACGAGCCUCAGGAUGAGAAUCUUACUUCCAUUUCUGAUGAGGAAAUUCCAGGACAGAAACCAGGAGGUAAAACUAGAGUUUCCAGCCUCAAGAGGGAAGAUCGAAUCAUCAGAAACCUCCGCACCCUCAUCAAAAAGACAUCCGUGCUACACAAAAAGUGCAAGAACCCUAAUGCAAAUAUUUUUAAGCAGGUAGAUUUCAAGGAUGAGCAGGUAGUCAUUAAAGAUGGCCUGGUGAUUGUAAAAGAUCCAUCUGUGAUGGAGAAGGAGGGGGAUGGAGAGGGGAAGGAGAACCCGGUAGGAGAAAAUGGCUAUGGUGUGGACAUCACGUAUCACUUGUGCCCUUCAGAGUCCUGUGAUAGAGUAUUCUUGAGGAUCAGCACCACACUAACAAAGCAUGCGAUCAAAUGCCAUAUUAAUGAUGAGAAAGUGCUGGAGAAGACUUUCAUUUGGGCCAAGCACAAGUGUUCCCUCUGUCUCAGGCAGAUGCAGUUCCUCCAGCAAUAUAAGGAUCACAUGAAGCUCCACGAUACUCCUCUCCAGCACUUCUGCUACCAUCUGGAGUGUAACCAGCGUUUCUUGACGCACCAGGAAUUGAAGGACCAUGUCGGUACCCACCAGCCCUUCAGACCCCAGUGUCCCUUCACAGACUGUGAGAAGCUCUUCUCAAGCCUUCAGGGCCUCUAUGACCACGAAUGGAGACACUACAUCCCAGCGCCUCAAAGAGAGGAGUUAGAAUUGGGACCCAGCAGACAGAAAAAGCAAAACGCUGAAGCGCCGUGGAAGCAGAGAGUGAAGGUUGAGGAGUUAUGGCUGCAGAAUAAGAAGGGGCAGAGCGAGAGUCCCACCCCUGAUCAUGUUGAGGCCACUAAUUUUGAGUGUCUCGAGGAAAUUAAAACUGAGGAGGAGGAUUGUGAAAUAAAUGUUGCAAACAGUGGUGAUGAUCUGUCCAGAUCAGAUAAUUAUUCAGAGGACACUGUCAAAUGUGAGCCCACAGAUGACAGCAAACCCGACAUCAAUGGAUAUGAGGAUGUGGCAACAAACGCAUCCGAUGGAUCAAUCUCCACUUCCCAUACUGGUGCUGCUGGAAACACUCCAAGUAAGAAGUGUAGAAAAAGAACGCCAGUCGAGUGGGACCCUUUAAAUGUCCGAGACCUUGAGGAUUUGUCCACUUUGUCCGAGGGAGUCCAACAGAAACUGGGAGAGCCGCACAUCACUGAGCACAAAACCUUCAAACCCGAAGAUCCCGCCUACGCCACUUUUGUCAAAGCCCCCUUCAUCCGGCCACCACCCUCCACGUACCUGGAUGAAUCCCUGCUCUCAAUGCGCAAGAGGAGGUCCACUGAUGAGGCUGCUGCGAGGAAAAACGUUUACUGGAGCAAUAAGAAAAAGAAGGAGCCCGUCCCAGAGCAGGAGCAGCGGGUGGAAGACGUGGCCCCUGAGCAGAAGAUCAGACAUCGCUGCGACAAAUGUCUGUCAUCCUUCAGCAGCUUAGAAGAAUUGCAGAAACACCAAGCCCUUAACACCUGCUCUGCACUCUUUGGCUUUGAUUCAGAUGAUGAAAGUUAGUAGUGCGUGAAGAGGAGCUGUAGGUCACCUGGCUCAGGGUAAGCCUUGAAGAUAAAUGAACACUGGAACCUUUUCUCAAUACUCAGAUACAGUACCUAUUUAAUUCUUGGAUACCAGUUUGUCAACAAAGACAGGAAAUGUGCCAAAAUGGUAAAUGGAAGGAUUUUAUUGAUUGAUAAAACUUCUCAAGCAAUAACGUUGACAGCUAAAAUUAGUUUUUAACUAAUUUCUUCAAAACAUCUUCAGUGUGCACUUUGUCAAAUAAGCAAAAAAGGUGAUAAAUCUAUUAAUUCUCAUAAUCUAUGAUAGGUCAAUAUUUAUUCACCUUUUUAAACAAAAUUGGUUAUAAAAAAAAAAACAAAUUUAGUUUUCUCGGUAUAUCUAAAAGUAAUUCAGAACAAUGUCUGGGAACUGAGAAACCAACUAUGGCCCAGGACAACCUCCACAUGAACCAUGAACCAUAAAAUAACUUCACACAAAUCACAGUAUUCCUUUCCUGUAUUUGCAUUUCUAAAACUUUGUCACUGAAGUAACUAUACACAGUUUCAACCUGACUUUCAAGCUUAUUCCUUGGCAAGCUCUGACAAAUGUAAUUCAGUCAUUCAUUUUUCCCAAAUAGGUAGGAGGAGGCGAAGCUGGAUGUGUGGAUAACUGAAAUGCUUUUGCCUUAUAAGGUACUACUACAUAGCUUGAUAAACACUCACCCACAAAUCUUGUUGUCAGUCACGCAACACAUAAGAUGCAAAAUGCUUUAGUCAGUGUGGUUUGACACUCGUCAGUCAGGGCCGUAAACAGCAAUGGAAAAAUCCCCCUUAAUGUUUCUGGCAAACUGCAUCCCAUUUAGAACUUGGUAUAGCUAUAACGAUUACUCUAAAUGCCAUAUCCUUCAUCUUCCAGUUUAACCUAUUAAUACUAUAAGGCACAUGUCAAAUAUACUGAAGCCUUUAACAUUCAGAUAAAGUAAGCCUGAAAGAUUCACGUUUUUUAAUUUGAACUUAAUCUGGGUUUCUUCUUCACCGACCCUUUUUAGAUCAAUUCAUUUUGUUUAUUUUUUUGCAAAGAUUUUAGAAGAUAAAACUGUGGCCACCAAACCAAUGUUUUUCUCUGGUGAUUUGAGACUCAAGGCUGUGGUGUUGAAAAUGAUGCCAUGAACAAGGCCACAUUCAUGGCUUCAACUUAUGAUUUUAAAGUGAUGUCCUUAGUAUGGACUCUCCAUGCAGUACAACAUAACCAGUGUUUUAAACUGUAUAAACUAUAGUGAAAAAUCCUAAUAAUUGAUAGAAAGUUGAGCUCAGUGCGUGUUGUUCCCUCUGUUCAGAAUGUAUAGUCUUCCAAAUGAACCAUGCGCCACUCUGAGCUUUGGUCUUUGUAGACAGGAUGUAUAAAACAGGUUUAUUAGACAUGACAGUAACAGUGGAUAUGUGAUGGUUGUCCUCUUUCCAUGUCUCUGAACCGUUAAAAUUGAUUUCAAUUCUGAGUAAAUCCUUAAAAUCCUUGUCACAUACAGACACUUUUAAAACUGUAAGGAGCAAGUGUUCUCAGCUUAAUGUGUGUGGGCUGUUGUUUUCAGUAGUAAGGCAGAAUUGGGUUUUGCCUUUGUUAACUAGUCCUCUGGUCAUGGUAUGACAACAUGAAUCACUUGACUCAUUGAAGCCAUGACCAAAAUCUCCAAAACCAUGUAAAUCUGCCUUCAUACUGUCACACUAAUUCUUGUACAGCAUAUGAAUUAUUCACAAUUUUAUUAGUGCCAAGACUGGAUCAGUGUUAGACUGUAGGUAAACAGAAACAUUAAAGAUCAGUAAAACAGCUUUGAAUUUCAGUUUGACAUUGUUACUCAGUUUAACUCAAUGAUCAUGUAUUUCAUUAUGUAGUAUAUUUUACAUUGGUCCUUUGUUAUGUAUAUACUUUUGAGAUGGUUGAUCUGUUUGAUAACUUUUUAAUGUAAUGUUUUUAUGGGACUGUGCACUUAAACUUGCUAUUUAUAUGUAAAAAUGUUAAUAGAUUGGAUUUGUAAAGGUAAUGAUUCCUCAUCUAUUUUUCUUAAAGAAAAGGUGAUUAAAUUUGUUUGAAUAAACAAA